AGGGAGCAGCAGCAUGGCCCGAGCCGGAGCCGCCCCGGUCCUCCUCCUCCUCCUCCUCGGCAUCCCGCUCCUCACGCUGGCGCCGACCGUCGUCCGAGGAUUACCCCUGCUCGGGCCCGGGCGCUGCCGCUGCCUGGAGAACAGCACCUACUUCAUCCAUCCAAACGCUCUGGCAAAAUUAGAAUUUCUCCCCAAGAGCAGCUCCUGCGGAAAAAAUGAAGUCAUUGCCACGCUGAAGAAAUCCAAGGAGGAGAUUUGCCUGAACCCAGAUUCUCGGGACGUGAAGAAGCUCCUGGACACCAUUCUGAAGAAAAAGCAGUCCCUCCACAAGAAAAAUCCAAAGAAAGGGAAGAAGCCGAAACAUCUCCGUCGCCCGGUCAAGGCCAAGCCAUCGCCGGUGUCCGGAGCCGAGCCAAACCUUCUCCCGUAAACGACGCGUGGGCCCGGACGGGCGUCCGUA